AUGUCCUACACAAACAAUCCAUACGCACAAGGUGGCUGGUACAACCCCCAAAACCCCCACUCAAUAAACAGCCAGCCCUGGCUACACUAUUCCCAUCCCGCCACAUACGGUGUACUUCCUUCCGUCGAAACAACUCCGCCAACAAAAUUAUCAUUCGAAUUCUCUCCUACACAUCCAAAUAUUUUGAACAGCAGCGUCACCGGCCCAGGGUCUCAAACGUACCUGAGCGCCAUGUCCGUCCAAUAUUCAACCAUAGUCACGAAGAGCAAUGGUGAUCCUGUGGCUCGAAUCGAGUGGCACACACAUCCGUGGGUUGAGGUUCCGGGUGUUGUUGACAGACAGCUGGUCUCGCAAUGGUUGCCUCUAUCAGCUGAUAUGAGCUACCGAGCGAUGCAGACCCCUAACGAUGACGGCGCCAACGUGAGGCUAAAACCACCUGGAGGCCACUUCACGAAGCGUCAGGUUGUUCAGUGGAAUAUAAAAUUCCAACAAAGUUUGCGCGGCGCGCCAGAAACGACGUCAAGAAAAUAG